AACGUAGCCAUGUUCGGGAAGAGGAAAGACAGCAACGAUGGAAAGCGGAUGCCAUCGGCGACGGGCCAUGUUCCGUCCGUUGAGAAUGGACCAAGCCGGCCAGCUUACGUCAUCGAGCGAUAUGCCGCGUAUUACCCCAUGAAUAACCGGCGCCGUGGAAUGGCCCUCAUCUUUUCGCACUACAAGUUCGCCGUCCAGCACCAAAAUCUCCCUGCUCGCGAAGGCAAUGAGGUGGACUGUAAGCGGCUGACCGAGACACUGCAGAUGUUCGGCUUCGACGUGCACAUCUACCGGGACCACAAGCUGGAGGAAAUCAAAGCCGUAACGAGAAAGGUGUCGCAGAUGGAUCACAAGGAUAACGAUUGCUUGCUGGUGGCCGUUCUGACACACGGCGAAGACGGGGACAUCGUUUUCGCACACGACUGUGCGUACCAGUUUCCCGUCAUCUGGAGCCAGUUCACGGCAGACAGCUGUCCUUCGCUGGCCGGGAGGCCGAAAAUUUUCCUCAUUCAAGCGUGUCGCGGAACGCAUCUGGAAACUGGCGUGAAGGUGCAACGCGAUGGCAUCGCCCGGUACAGCAUCCCGACGCACGCUGAUUUUCUGUUUGCGUACGCCACCAUCCCGGGUUUUAUGGCGUUCCGCAACACGAGCGACGGCUCGUGGUUCAUCAGCGAACUGUGCAAUGAGAUGCGCGACAAUGGCCACAAGUACGACUUCCUUACGCUGCUCACAUUUGUCGCCCAGAAGGUUGCCUUCGAGCACGAAUCGGUCUCCAAUCACCAGGAGUUCAAUAUGCGUAAACAGAUGCCGUGCAUAGUGUCGAUGCUGACGCGAGUGCUCCUGUUUAACUCGGUUUAGUUUGGGCGCACCAAGCACCAUCACCAAUUGCAUUAGUCAACCAUAUACCAUUUUACCAUUAGCAGUCGAAAGAGAUUUAGUCAUAAGGCCUCAGGUCUCUUGUUUCCUACUUAUAACGCGCUACCUCAUCGUAUGCGCUUUGCGUUGGUAUUGCGCUGCAAAAAUUAGUUAUCGUCGUAAGGGUUUAUUUAAUUUAUUUCCCUCAAUUAACCAAAACCUUGCGUUAAUGAUUAUUUAUACACAUAAUUUUGAGAUGAACCUAAAUUAUUCCAUUUUAGCCAGAAUGCAUUAUGAGAAGCUUUAUAAACGUUUCCAGACUCACAUUUUUGAUAUCGACAAAAAAGGUCCAUCAUAUCUAAUCAUUGGAACUAUGCAUUUAGUUUAAGCUCAAGAAAUCAGAAAAAUCAUAGUUUAACCCUAGUUUACCCCUAAAUAUUAAUUAAGAUGUACUACCAAAAACCAGUUCAUUAUUUUCCCGCAAAAUAUUUCUUAUGUGUACGGCACAUUCAAUCCGAUCUAGGCUCAAAUUGUACGCUUUCGGUGUAACUUGAAACUUAUGUUUUACCUUCAUAAUCAUGCUAACUUUUAACUAGCAAAAGCUUAGAGUUAAGGAAGCGAGUGUUGAGAUUGUCUUCGAAAAGAACGUGUGUUCUUAGCUAUCGGAAGCUGCCGGUUAGGAAAGUGAUAACGGGAUUCGCGAGUCCCAAAAACGUGCAUGUGUUCGUGCAUUUUUAAUCCAGCCAUUCGUCGUUUGUAGGGCUGUUCACUUUACGACUGAAAUAAACGCAACAAAAGAAAGCAAUCUUA